AUGAAAGAACCAAUUCCACCUCCGAAUCUUCCUCCCAGCCCAUUGUCCCCAUCGAAGCAACUACGUUUCUUCGUCAUCGGUGGCGGCUCUCGCGGAAACGCCUACGCUUGCGCCGUCACAACCGUAACACCGGGUGUAAUCCACGCAAUCGCCGAACCCCACGCCUUCAAACGUCGCGAGUUCGGUCGAAAAUAUAUAUGGGGCAUACACGAUUCUCCCCAAGAAGGCCAGGAGUUCACUGAUUGGCGCGAAUGGGUACAAUGGGAACUCGAACGGCGGAAGCAGGCGACUCAAAACAACGAUAACGCAGCAGACACAACCCCAACACCCGUGGGCGUAGACGGAGUCUUCAUCUGCACACUAGACGAAACACACGUCGAGAUCCUACAAGCCCUCGCCCCACUCCAGCUACACAUCCUCUGCGAGAAGCCAUUAGCCCUCUCACUAGACGACUGUCUAACAGUAUACCGAGCUCUCCAACCACCAGAAGGCCCAAAUAACACCCCCCAAGCCCCGAAGAAUAUAUUCUCAAUCGGCCACGUCCUCCGCUAUAGCCCGCAUAAUAUCCUCCUCCGCAAACUCCUCCUCACAGACCGCGUGAUUGGCGAUAUAGUCUCCCUAGAACACUGCGAGCCGGUAGGCUGGUGGCAUUUCUCGCACAGCUAUGUCCGAGGCAACUGGCGACGCGCAACACCAGCAGGCGACGGCUCCCUCCUCACAAAAUCAUGCCAUGACAUCGACUUCAUCCUCUGGCUCCUCUGCUCCCCACCCUCUCCCGAAACAGCCCCCAACCAAGCCCAUAAGCCGCACUUCCCGCGCUCGAUCUCCUCCGCCGGAAUGAUGACACAGUUCCGCCAAAAGCGCAAGCCCGUCUCCGCAGGAAAUGCUACAAACUGUCUCUCUUGUCCAGCUGAACGAGACUGUAAUUAUAGCGCCGUUAAGAUCUACAACAACCGCCACCUCGCGACAGGUCACACAGCUUGGCCAGUUGACAUCGUCUGCCCGGAUAUCGAAGAUGUAUUCCGUGCCCAAGGCGACAAGGCAGCCGAGUCAUUGCUCCUCUCCCGUCUUGCCGAGGACUAUGACCGGAAUACGAUGUCAGACUCGGAUAUCGCCGCGCGACCUUGGUACGGACGGUGCGUCUACGAAGCCGACAAUGAUGUCUGUGACGAUCAGACUGUGACGGUUGUUUGGGAUGAUGAGGAGAGGGCGCCGCAUCGACUUGCUAAAACGGCGAGUUUCCACAUGAUUGCGCCUACAGAGAAACAAUGUGAGCGUCGGGGCCGGGUGUAUGGUACUACUGGUGAGGUUUCGUAUGAUAGUAGCACGAUUUCAGUUUAUGAUUUUGCUACGGCGAAGACUACUGUUUUUAAUGUACCGAAGCCGCCGCCGGGGCAGAAUGAGUCGCAUGGCGGUGGGGAUUUUGGACUUGCGAAGCAGUUUGUUAGUGCUGUUGAGGCUGUUGAGGGGGGAUUGGAUGUUGAGACGGCGCAAUCGAGGUUUGUUGGGUGUUCGCUUGAGGAGGCGGUACGGAGUCAUGCUGUUGUUUUUGCGGCGGAGGAGGCGAGGAGGGAGGAGAAGGUUGUUAAGUGGGAGAGUUGGUGGGGGGAGAAGUUGAGGGUUUCUGCUGCUGCGUGGAAGGCAUAA